GAAAGCACUGAAAGGCGACGGAAUUGUUUCUUUUUUCUAUCACCAGAGCCGGUGAAGGGCCGAUUGCUCGAAGUCAAUCGAGGAGGAGGAGAAGAAUUGUAAGGCCAUCGUAAGAGAUGUCGGACCAGUACGAGAAUGUGAAUGAGGGCAGACUCACCUUCAAAGGAGACAGUCUGGCUACUCGCAAAACCAUCGACAAGAAGAAGCAGAAGAAGAGGAAGCACAAGAACAAGAACGACGACGAAUGUCACCAGUCCGUCGAUGCAGAUGCCGCUGAAUCUGGUGCUGGAGAACAAACCUAUACCAUCGACGCCGCCAAGCGCAUGAAGUACGAGGAUCUCUUCCCCGUCGAGUCCAAGAAGUUCGGUUACGACUCCAAGAAUGCCAACGCCAAGUCCGUCAAGGAUGCCCUCGAUGAUCGCGUCAAGAAAAAUGCUGAUCGUUACUGUAAAUGAGGCCUCUAACCGCCAUUGCGCCAGUGUACGUCAAACAAAUUUACCUCGUUUCAUGAUUCUGCUUCGGGUUUCAAUUGAAAUUUUUCAUAUUGAUGUCCAAUGCCAUAGUUUGUGAAACUUUUUUCUUCUUUUUUCAAUGAUAAUAUUAGUUUGAAGUAGUUUAUGACUCUGAUUGUCUGUGUUUCUGCUCUAAUAUUUUUGAAAAAUUGUUCCGUAAUUCCUACUGUAUG